AUCAAAAUCGACACCAUUUCAAGAGAAGAUAAACGGCGCCGUACCAAAUCUAGGGCAAACAACCCCCUCUUAUGGUUAAAAUGCUCUCAUUUUUCAACCAAAUCCAAACCCUAAAUUGCGCCUCUCCUAAUUUCUUCUUCACUUUGAGGUUUGAGCAGAUCGAUCAUUUCCAAAAAAUUCACUCAAGGACUGGAAAUCCCUUCAACUCAAUGCUCUUUUUUGAUGAUGAGGAUAGGAACAUACAAGCUGUUUCUGAAUGUGACAAGCAGAAGAAACCUGAGAAGGGAUCUGUAACUUUGGAGGAAAUAGGAAAAAGAAAUACCAGUGCUGGAAAUACUGCAGAUGGUACUCAACUAGAUGCGGAAAUUGCUGGUCCAGAGAACAUUAAGAAGAAAAAAAAUGGAGCAAAAGGGACUGGGAAGAAGGCUACAAUCAAGGACCAAGUAGAGAGCACAAGUGAGAGCGAAGGCAGUGUAAGUGAUGAAGUGCUUGUUGUUCCUUAUGAUAACUUAGCACCUAUGUCUUGUGAUAUUUCUAAAUCUAAACAGCUUUUGGAUAAGCUUGUUGUGGUGAAGUAUAAUGGAGCUUUGGGAAAGAAUAUGGGUUUCGGUGGUCCCAAAAAGUAUUUGGCAUCGUUUGAAGCAAAUGGGGUUUUAGUCACUGUGCAUGAAUGCAGUUUGCUAAAAAGCUUUUCCACUUCAUUGAGAAUAGCAAACUUGUAUGUAGCUAUAUGUCCCUAUAUUGAAGGUAUAGUGGAGGAUUCAAUCUCUUCAAGCUGGAAAAGCCAAGGCUUAGCACUUCUUCAAGUAGAGUGUUAUUUAAUGUUGCAUUCCAUGGUCGUUUAUCUUAGUCGGAACUUGAAUUAGGUGUUAUUGAAACAGGGUUUUGUAGCUACAUUGUGUACUAGCUUCUUUAAUCAUGAUUGUUCAUUAUUA